AUGGUGAAGUCAGCACGUUACGACAGCAAUGGGUUGAAAAAAGGUGCAUGGAGUGAAGAUGAAGACAACAAGUUAAGAGCUUACAUCCAAAGAUAUGGCCAUUGGAACUGGGCUUUACUUCCCAAGUUUAUUGGUUUGUCUAGAAGUGGUAAAAGUUGCAGGUUGAGAUGGAUGAACUAUCUUCGCCCAAAUAUUAAACAUGGAAAUUUUACAAAAGAAGAAGACGAUCUGGUUAUUGAUUUACAUAACAAGCUCGGAAACAAAUGGUCAACAAUAGCUAUGAAGUUACCUGGAAGAAGCGACAAUGAGAUAAAAAAUCGUUGGAACACACAUUUGAAGAAGAGAGUUCAGAGUGACCACAAUGUGUCUUCAACUGAACACUUAGGAACCCUAGAAUAUGAUCAGGCUAACUCUAAAGAAAAUACUGUUAACAAGACAGAUCUACAACAUCAACCCGAUGUUGAAAAUUUAUUGGCAGGAGUAUCAUCUGGAUCACCUUCAUAUUCCUCACUCACAGAGAUAUCAUCGUGUCAGUUGAGUGGCUCAGAUUGUGCACUUUUUAGUGACUUAACACCACAAACAUUCGAUGAGGAACUUGAAGAUAAUUUCUGGAGUGACCCAUUUCUAACAGACAUUGAUGCCAUAACACCAUUAGGAAAUAAGUUGUUGUCACCUUUUAAUUUUGUCAACGAGUUCAGCUCUCAAUAUUCUAGCCAGGAUUUGAUGAUGACAGAUGAGUGUCUCUGGUCAAUGAUGGAUUCCUAUGUUGAAAACAAUAUUUUCAUAAAUUGA